UUUUUUGGGCCAUCCCUCUUGUGUCAAUAGUCAAAAACUAGUUGAACUAUCAACACUUUCUCUAACAAACACUCAAAAUCACUCCCCGCUAAUUUCGCAUUCAUCAGUCACACUCUCUCCCCUUCACAAUUUACCAGAAUUGAAUUGAACUUCAAAAAACUCUGCUCUUUGUAUGUCCAAACAAGGACCAGCUGAUACAACACCACCAUGUCUCGCUUCCUCCUCCUUUCCCUCUCCAUCCUCUUCUCAUCUUCCAUCGCCAUCCCCCCCUACCCCUUCGAUUUAUCAUACCACAUUGAUUGCGGCUCCCCCACCAACAGCACCGACCUCUACAACACCACUUGGCUCUCCGAUCGCUUCUUCACGGGCGGUCUCACCUCUGUUGUCUCUGAGCCUCUUCACUUCCGCUUCCCUCAUGAGAAGAAUCUCCGCUUUUUCCCUCUUGCCUCUGGCAAAAAGAAUUGCUAUAUCAUUAACCUCCCAAAGGGACGUUACUUCUUCCGCACAUUCACUGUCUAUGACAACUACGACGGUAAAUCUCACCCUCCUUCCUUCGAUGCCGCCGUUGAAGGGACUUUGGUUUUCUCUUGGCGUUCUCCCUGGUUCGAGAAUCUCGCUCGGGAAGGAGCUUACUCCGAUCUAUUCGCUUUUGUCAAAGAUGGAGAGGCUGAUGUCUGUUUUUACAGUAUUGCCACUGAUCCUCCGGUUAUUGGCUCACUGGAGGUCAUACAAGUUGAUCCCUUGUCUUAUGAUUCAGCUACCAUCGGCGACAACUAUAUUCUCGUCAAUUACGGGCGCUUAUCCUCUGGUUCCGAUCAGUGGGGUCCUGGAUUUAGCAACGACCCCGAUUUCUUCGGUCGGUCAUGGCAGUCAGACGCUGAGUUACGGUCGUCAAACGGAGUCGACAGAAUCAAUUCCAUCUCGACCAGAGAGACCAUAACAGGCACCGAUCAGGGACCGAAUUACUUCCCAAUGAAGCUUUACCAGUCGGCGGUGACAACGAAUGGCGCGUUUCAGUAUGAGUUAGACGUUGAUGCAAAGCUGGAUUACUUGGUGUGGUUUCAUUUCGCGGAGAUUGAUUCCAGCGUGAAAAAGGCAGGGCAGAGGGUAUUCGAUGUGGAGGUCAAUCAGAAGAAUAUUGCGAGGAUUGAUAUAUUUAAAGAGGUUGGGGGUUUCGCUGCUUACAAUUGGCAUUACACCGUCAAGAAUCUGAGCAACAACGUAUUGAGCGUGAAGCUGUUGCCAGUUGUGGGUGCGCCGUUGCUUAGUGGGCUUGAAAAUUACGCGUUGGUUCCCUCUGAUCUCUCCACGGUGCCUGAGCAAGUGAUUGCUAUGAGAGCCUUGAAAGACUCACUUCGUGUGCCUGAUAGAAUGGGUUGGAAUGGUGAUCCCUGUGCUCCUAGAAGUUGGGAUGCUUGGGAAGGAGUUACAUGCAGUCCCACCAAAAGCGGAUCACUUGUGAUAUCUCAAAUAGAUCUUGGAAGUCAGGGCUUGAAAGGGUAUAUCAGCGACCAGAUUAGUCUUCUGUCAAAUUUGGUGAGCCUAAACUUGAGUUCUAACGCAUUGAGUCGCACUCUACCGUCAGGGCUAGGUCAAAAAACACUUGUACGGUUGGAUCUGUCGACCAAUCAAUUUUCUGGCUCUAUACCAGAUAGUCUGACCACUUCUUCAAAGCUGCAGCUUGUGCUGUUGAAUGAUAACUUAUUAGAAGGGCAAGUACCAGAGGAGCUUUACUCAAUUGGUGUUCAUGGUGGAGCUAUCGAUCUCUCCGGUAACAAAGGUUUAUGUGGUGUUCCUUCUUUACCGGCAUGUCCUAUGUUUUGGGAAAAUGGGAAGUUGUCCGUGGGUGGCAAAGUUGCGAUAGCAAUAUCGUGUCUUGUAUUUAUUUGUCUGGUGGUGUUGGUUAUAUACAUGUGGAUCAGGAGGCGCAGAAAUGACUAUGACUUUGGUCUCCCCCAAGAUUUGAUGUCAUUGUCUGCAAAGAGAAAUCGUUACCAGAGACAGAAGUCCUUGAUGGUUCUUGAAAUGGAGAGCCAGCAUGCCAAGGCAUUAACACCUUUUACUCCACAAUCGUGAAUAGUCUUCUUUGUAAACAGGACUAUUUUUCCCCUCUCAAACGGGGUCAUAAAGAUUGGGACUGAACGUGAUUACACAAAAUACUUGAAUACUACACAGGCUGCAUACUGCAGCCCUCUGCUUUCUGAAGAUGACUUCAUGAGGCUUCCACCUUCAACUAUUUGAACCGACAUGGGGGUCGUACGAAGCCUUUCUCUAACGAAUGCGCGCAAUGCGUAUUCAUUGAUGCACACUAAUACGAAGGCAUAAUCCUGCUUAUGUGAAUAGCUGUUUUGCAGGGUCUAUAUUUAAUAUCAAGUGCUCUUGGUUAGACCGUAGACGAUGACUUGUUUAUUCAUAGAUCAGUUUUCAGAUGCUGACUGGAUUUAUUUUUUUGUGGUAGCUGUGACACCAUUAUUACCUUGAGCUCCAUCACUUGCUCUGUUUUCUUCAUUAGUGUGUAGUUUGAUGUUCAUGAAUUCUUUUUAAUCCACAACAUGCAUGCAGAGAUUAUAAAUAGAUUUGGAUUUUGCUA